AUGCAGGAACUCUUUGACCAUCCCUAUUUACAGGGGCUCUUCUUUGAUACUGUGCUCUGCCUUUUUGUUGUUGCCGUCAAGGGCAAUUCCCUGAUCAUCCUGGCCAUUGUCUUCCACCUGCCUCUGCACACCCCCAUGUACUUCUUCAUUGCUAACUUGGCUCUAAUUGAUAUUCUUUGCACAUCUGCCAUCCUACCCAAAAUGAUGCAGAACCUGAUGCAUGGGAAGAAAACCAUUUCCUUCGAUAGCUGCAUGGCCCAGCUUUUUACUUUCAGUUUGUCAUCUGGAACAGAGCUAGUGCUCCUUACAGCCAUGGCUUUUGACUGGUACAUGGCCAUCUGUCGUCCCUUGAGCUAUGUAAUUGUCAUGACCAACAGUGUUUGCAUUGCAUUAGCAGCCAUUGUCUGGGCAGUUGGAGCAAUCAGUUCCUUGGUGCACACCUUGCUCAUGCUUCGACUACAUUUUUGUGGGUCUAACUUCAUCUGGCACUUCUGUGAAAUCCCACCUCUGUUGGCAUUGUCCUGCACCUCAGCCUAUCUCAAUGAAGUCAUGGUCUUCAUUGCUGAUGUCUUCCUAGCCAUGGGGAACUUCCUACUGACCGGUAUGUUCUUUGCCUUCAUCAGCAGCAGCAUUCUCAAAAUUCAGAGCUCUGAAGGGAAGCGAAGGGCCUUCUCUACAUGUUCCUCACACCUUGUUGUGGUUGACCUAUACUACUCUGCCAUUAUCUACACUUACAUUCGGCUGACCUCCAGCUACUCGCUGAAUAAAGACAAGCUAGUGGCCGUUCUGUACAUGAUUGUGACUCCUGCACUGAAUCCUCUGAUCUACAGUCUGCGCAACAAAGAAGUCAAAGUUACCUUUAGGAAAAUUCUUCCACUUGAGAGAGUCAGCUUGAAAAGAAUAGGCUUGACUUUAUUAGGACCACUGUGA